UCUGCUCUGUGAGAUCAGGUUCCUACUGUCUUCUCUGCUUCACCCCGUAUCCUUCUCUGUUGCCUGCUCUUGUCUGUCUGCACCCAUUUCUGUCCCUGCAUCACGUCUUUGCCAUCAUCAUCACCACUUGCCUCUAUCUCGGCUGGGCUGCUAUCUCCAGAGGGACCCCAGCUCCAGCUUUUCAUCCCUGCUCUGUCCCUCUUGGGCUCAGCCAUCUGGGUUCUCUUGCAGCCAGACAUAGCAACCCCCACCCCACCCCACCCCACCUCCACACACUGACAUUCCAGUAAGCCCAGUUCGUGGUGGUCCAAAAUCAGCACUUUGUCUUGUAGAGUUGCCACAGGGCCCCAACCAGAGCAGCUGGCUGCCUGCCCCACCUCCUUGCAUCUUCCUGAGGGAACUUAUGCAGAGCCAGGUGAAGAGCCUCAUGCCAGCAGGUAGUAAGGGCAUGAAGUGGGAAUCUGCUCCAGAACGACAUUGCUGCCACAAGGCUAAGCGUCUGGGGAGUAUAGGGAGCUCUCUGUCCUCCAGCUUGGAUUCACAGCUCUGCCAAGGCGACCAGGUCUUCUCAGCUUGCAGGCCACUCUCUGACACAGUGGAUGCCCGUGGCUCAUCCUAUGCCAGCUGGCUGUGCCCCUCACCCCUGGCACCAGCCAGGUCUGCCUUGCUGACCUGUUGCCAAGGCCUGGACCUAUACCUGUGCACCCUGCAGCCCACACCAUUGGGCACAGCCGGGCAGAGUCUCAGAAGUGAAGUCUUGAGCACAAAGCACCAGCCACCAGGGCCGAAGGCCGGCUCCAUUGAUGAUGAGAAACUCAAGGCCAAGUACCCUGCAAGCAGGGACAAGAGGGAAAGUGGGCAGAUAAGAGCUGGAGAGGGGGCCCUCUGCCCAUCCUUCUCUCCUCCCAGCGGCUCUUCCCCGACCCCCUGCUGGAACAGAAAGAGCCCCAGCCCUUUAGCGGUCUUCCCCUGCCCUCUGCCCAGGCCCAUCUCCAAAGACCUCCCAUUCUGCCUCCACCCCAUCUCUCCUGCAUAUCCACUUCUGCUUCCUCCUUACCCGUGCACCUAUGGGGCCCUACCUUCUGUCCAAUGUCCCCCCCUCCUCAUGCUGCCCUCAGGCUCCUCCUACCCCACCAUGGCUGUGCCCAGUUUGCUGAUGAAAGUCAAUGAGCCCAGGCACCCCACUGCCCAGAGGGACAUCCCGUAUCCUUACCCAGGGGCCUCCCCGGCCUCUGGCCAAAUCCCGCCUUUCCAGGCCAGGAAUCGAGAUCCUGGAGCUGCCAGGACUUACUCCCCAGGGCCAAAGAGCACUGGCAGGGUGGCUGCAGCCAGGCGGGCCCCAGCAGGCUCCCGGCCGGGCACCACAGCGCUGCCUUACCUGCUGAAGAAGGAGAACGGAAAAACCCUGUACGAGUGCAACGUGUGCAGCAAGAACUUUGGGCAGCUUUCCAACCUCAAGGUCCAUCUGCGUGUGCACAGUGGGGAGCGCCCAUUCCAAUGUGCCCUGUGCCAGAAGAGCUUCACUCAGCUCGCCCACCUGCAGAAGCACCACUUGGUGCAUACUGGGGAGCGGCCCUAUGAGUGCCUGAUGUGCCACAAACGCUUCAGCAACUCCAGCAACCUCAAGACCCACCUGCGCCUGCACUCGGGGGCCCGGCCCUUCCAGUGCAGUGUUUGUCCACGUCGCUUCACCCAGCACGUUCACCUGAAGCUGCAUCAUCGCCUGCAUGUUGCACGGCCUUGUGGCCACCUGUCCCUGGCAUCUCUUGCCUGCUUUGCCCGAUGGCACCAGGAAGCACUGGAUCUUGUGGCACUGCCAUCAGAGAGGCAGAUGGAUUGGGAUUCAGAAAAGGCCAAGGUGUCCUUGGCACCUGGGGAAAAGUAGGGGCAGCCAGCCUGAGCCCUCGUGCCUGGAGAGGAGGCAGGAGCAGAGCAAUUAAAGGAUUUUCUCUAUGGCAAGUUGAGGCCUCCUGAGCUUCA